CCUAUUGGUUUCUUUCUUCCUCUACACUUCACCAAAAAAACGGCGCCCUUCUCCUUGAAGCAUCAAGAAGCAGAGCAGAAACAGAGCACGCUCACAUUCUCACUCACCGCCAAGUGCAAACCCUACUCCUCCUGUUACGAAUUUUUUUAACAAUAACCCUUCAACUAACUGACCCAUUCCCAUAAUGGGUCUCAAGCACGAUCCUUUGCAAAACCCCCCCAAUCAAUUCAAUGGGGGCAACAAGUUACCUGGUGACCAUUGUGGUGAUUCUGGUUUUGACCAAAGGGUCCUAACUGCUCCCAUAAAAUCUGCUGUUGACAAGUUCCAGCUUCUUCCCGAGUUCCUCAAGGUUAGGGGAUUGGUGAAGCAACAUUUGGAUUCCUUUAACUAUUUUGUGAGGACAGAUAUAAAGAAAAUUGUUCGUGCUAACGAUCUUAUCGUGGCGAGUAGGUACCCGCACAUAUAUCUAAGGUUUUUAAAUGUCGGAAUUGGUAAACCAUCAAUAAUGAUUGAUGAGGUUACUGAGGACCUUACUCCACAAACGUGCCGCUUGAGUGACCUGACGUAUGCGGCUCCAAUAUGUGCUGAUGUUGAGUACACGCUAGGAAGUCACGAUAAACCAGACAUCAAGAGAAAGCUCAAAGUUGAAAUUGGAAGAAUGCCUAUUAUGUUGCGGAGUUGUUGUUGUGUCUUGCAUGGGAGAGAUGAAGCUGAACUUGCUAAACUUGGUGAGUGCCCCCUUGAUCCCGGAGGAUAUUUUGUAAUCAAAGGGACUGAGAAGGUGAUUUUGAUACAAGAACAACUGUCAAAGAAUAGAAUAAUUAUAGACACUGACAAGAAAGGAAACAUUACUGCAUCUGUUACAAGCAGCACGGAGAAAAUAAAAACAAAAACUGUUGUUGUGAUGGAAAAAGAGAAGCUCUGGUUGCAAUUGAAUAAAUUUCCAAAGAAGGUUCCUCUUAUGGUAGUUAUGAAAGCUAUGGGGAUGGAGAGUGAUCAAGAAGUUACACAGAUGGUUGGAAGAGAUCCUCGUUAUAGUUUUCUACUGUUGCCCUCUAUUGAGGAAUGUACAAAAUGUAAGGUAUAUACACGAGAGCAAGCAUUGGAGUACCUUGAUAAGCUGGUAAAACGUCCCACGUAUUCAAAUAAUGCAGCUGAAAAGGAAGGAGCAGCAUUUUCUGCCCUAAGAGAUGUAUUUCUUGCAAAUGUUCCUGUGGAUCAAGAUAAUUUUCGGCCAAAAUGUAUAUAUGUUGCUGUUAUGAUGAGACGCAUAAUGGAUGCAAUUUUAAAUAAAGAUGCAAUGGAUGACAAGGAUUAUGUGGGAAACAAGCGGUUGGAGUUAUCUGGCCAGUUAAUAUCUUUGCUUUUUGAGGAUCUCUUUAAGUCAAUGACAACUGAAGUUAAGAACUUGACAGACAAAAUGUUAGAAAAGCCGGACAAGGCUAAGAAUUUUGACAUAUGUACUCUUCUUACUCGGACUCGGAGUAUCAUCACUCUAGGUCUGGAAAGGACUCUCUCCACUGGUAAUUUUGAAAUUAAAAGGUUCAGAAUGGAAAGGAAAGGAAUGACACAGGUGUUACAAAGGUUAUCAUUUAUUGGUGCUUUGGGUCACAUGACAAGAGUUUCACCACAGUUUGAGAAGUCCAGGAAAGUAAGUGGACCUAGAGCUUUGCAGCCUAGCCAGUGGGGCAUGCUUUGUCCUUGUGAUACCCCUGAAGGUGAGUCUUGUGGACUAGUAAAGAACUUGGCUUUGAUGACUCAUGUUACCACUGAUGAAGAGGAGAAGCCCUUGAUUUCUCUGUGCGAGUCUUUGGGCGUUGAAGACAUGAAAGAUCUCUCUGCAGAGGAGCUUCAUACACCAGAUUCCUUUCUUGUCAUUUUUAAUGGUUUAAUCCUUGGCAAGCAUAGGAGGCCACUGCGUUUUGCUACUGCAAUUAGAAAGUUGCGGAGAGCUGGUAAAAUUGGUGAGUUUGUGUCUGUCUAUGUCAAUGAAAAGCAGCAUUGUGUCUACUUAGCUUCUGAUGGUGGUAGAGUUUGCCGUCCCCUGGUCAUUGCUGACAAGGGAAUAUCAAGAAUCAAACAGCAUCAUAUGAAAGAGUUAAUGGAUGGAGUACGCACGUUUGAUGAUUUUUUACGAGAUGGCUUGCUUGAGUAUCUUGAUGUUAAUGAAGAAAACAACGCUUUGAUUGCUUUAUAUGAAGGAGAUGCCACAUCAGAAACUACUCAUAUUGAGAUUGAGCCUUUUACCAUCUUGGGAGUUAUUGCAGGGUUAAUUCCAUAUCCUCAUCAUAAUCAGUCACCUAGAAACACGUAUCAGUGUGCAAUGGGUAAGCAAGCUAUGGGAAAUAUAGCAUUUAACCAGCUGCGCCGGAUGGACAGCUUGCUUUACCUACUAGUUUAUCCUCAACGACCUUUGCUUACAACAAAGACAAUUGAGCUGGUUGGAUAUGAUAAGCUUGGAGCCGGUCAAAAUGCCACGGUAGCUGUAAUGAGCUAUAGUGGUUAUGAUAUAGAAGAUGCCAUUGUCAUGAACAAGGCAUCUCUUGAUCGUGGGUUUGGUCGUUGUAUAGUUAUGAAAAAGUAUAAUGCCAUCAUUCAGAAGCACUCGAAUGACACGUCAGACCGAAUACUUAGGCCUAAUAGAACUGCUGACACUGCAGGACGUAUGCAGAUACUUGAUGAUGAUGGUAUUGCUGCUCCAGGGGAAAUUCUUAGGCCAUAUGACAUCUAUAUCAAUAAACAAUCACCGAUUGAUACACGUACUCCAAAAACAGGAUCUGCAGCAAAUUUGCCCGAUAGUGCAUAUCGGUCCAAUGCACAAUCAUUCAAGGGUAAUGGAGGAGAAGUAGUUGAUAGGGUGGUUCUAUGCUCUGAUAAGGAUAAUAACAUGUGUAUCAAAUUUCUAAUUCGUCACACUCGUAGGCCUGAGCUUGGUGAUAAGUUUAGCAGCAGGCAUGGGCAAAAAGGUGUUUGUGGAACUAUUGUCCCGCAAGAAGACUUUCCAUUUUCUGAGAAAGGCAUUUGUCCUGAUCUGAUUAUGAAUCCUCAUGGUUUCCCAAGUCGAAUGACUGUUGGAAAGAUGAUAGAGCUUCUUGGAGGGAAAGCAGGGGUUUCAUGUGGUAGGUUUCAUUAUGGCAGUGCUUUUGGGGAGAGAAGUGGUCAUGCUGACAAGGUUGAAACCAUAAGUGAAACUCUUGUGAGUAAAGGCUUCAACUACAGUGGGAAAGAUUUCAUUUAUUCAGGUAUUACAGGAUGCCCUCUGCAAGCAUAUAUUUUCAUGGGUCCAAUUUACUACCAGAAAUUAAAACAUAUGCUGCAGAUAAGUCACUAGUCUGCAAACUCAACAAAGCUAUCUAUGGCUUGAAACAGGCACCAAGACAAUGGUUUGAUAGGCUAAAGUCUACUCUGCUGCAGUUUGGUUUUGUUGGGAGUAAAAGUGAUUCAUCCCUAUUCAUCUAUCGGCAACAAAUGCAUAUUGUUUACCUUUUAGUCUAUGUGGAUGAUAUAAUUCUAACAGGUAGCUCAACCUCUCCGAUUCAGCAGCUUACAUCCAAACUAAACACUGCAUUUUCACUCAAGCAGCUUGGCCAUCUAGAUAAUUUCUUGGGUCUGGAAAUCAAGUAUCUGUCCAACAAUUCUAUCUUCAUGACUCAGAGCAAAUACAUUCGAGAUUUACUUCACAAAACUAACGUGGCUAAAGCUCACUCUAUUUCUUCUCCAAAGGUCUCCAACUGCAAGCUGUCUAGACAUGGUGCUGAUGCUUUUCAUGAUCCAACUCUAUACGGAUAUGUAGUUGGUGCAUUACAAUUUGCUACCCUUACUAGACCUGAAAUCAGUUUUGUUGUCAACAAAGUUUGUCAAUUUAUGGCUGCCCCUCUAGAUUCUCAUUGGAUAGUGGUGAAAAGAAUCUUAAGGUAUCUCAAAGGCACCUUGUUUCAUGGUCUACUUCUUCAACCCACAUCUGUUACAAAGCCCUUGGUUAUUCGAGCAUUCUGUGAUGCUGACUGGGCAGCUGAUGUGGAUGACAGGCGCUCUACCUCAGGGACUACUAUUUUUUUUGUCCAAAUUUAAUAUCUUGGUGGUCUCGCAAACAAAAAGUUACUGCCAGGUCCAGUACAAAAGCCGAAUAUCACAGCAUAGCUUAGACUUCCACUGAAUUGACUUGGAUUCAUACUCUGUUGACAGAAUUACAAGUUCCAUUCACCACUCCUGUAAUCUUUUGUGAUAAUCAGAGUGUUGUCCCUAUUGGUGGUCUCGCAAACAAAAAGUUACUGCCAGGUCCAGUACAAAAAUCGAAUAUCACAGCAUAGCUUAGACUUCCACUGAAUUGACUUGGAUUCAUACUCUGUUGACAGAAUUACAAGUUCCAUUCACCACUCCUGUAAUCUUUUGUGAUAAUCAGAGUGUUGUCCCUAUUGCACACAAUCCAGUAUUUCACGGUCGUACAAAACACAUGGAAAUUGAUGUGUUUUUUGUAAGGGAGAAGAUUCUGGUCAAGCAGCUCUCUAUUGUCCAUAUUCUAGCUCUGGAUCAGUGGGCCGAUAUUCUGACUAAGCCUCUCUCUACAUCAAGAUUUGAAGCUCUUAAAGGCAAACUCAAUGUGAAGAGUUUUUCUUCUGAAAACUCUUCCCCUUGAGUUUGAGGGGGGUAUUGGAGUAUGUAAAUGUAUAACUGUGAAAUCAGUUUUGCAAAAUGAUUGUAAGGGCUGUUAGCUUUUGCUAACAACACCCAUCUAGUGUUAGAUAGCAAUAAAGUAAUUGUAAGGGUUGUUUAGCUUUCACUAACUGCACCUCACUAGGAUCAGGGAGUUUGAUUCUGUUAGUGUUAGUUAGAAUCUGUUAGUGUUAGUUCAGCAGUUAAGAGAUCUAUAUAUACCUCUAUUGUAACUAACUCUAACUAACUUUUCAGAUCAAUAAAAAUUACCUUCACGUUUCUUUAGUUUUCUCUCUUCCUUUCUCUCAGUUUACUCAACAACAUACGAUACUGAGAAUCAAUCCCAUAAAUUUAGGGAUUAAAUCAAGGAUUAGGAAUAAAGGAAAAUGAGCAGAAUUUUCCUAAUUACAUAAAUGGAUAAUAUUUCCCUAAUUAUACCAAAUAUUUCCCACAAUACCUCAAAUUC